ACAGCCUGGAAGGAGGAGGGAGGACGGCGGAGAGGAAGUGACUUGUCUGUAGAAGGACGGAGGAGGAGGAGGAAUGUGGAAGGCUGGAUUCCCCGAGUCCUCGGUGCCAGUGUAGCUGGAAGCUGCCAGGGACACCAUCACUAAAUUCAGGGACAUCACAAAGGAGCCGCUCCAGGCAAACAAAUGGCUUCUAUGGCGGCUGCAAUAGCCGCAGCUCGGACUGCUGUGUCGGGUAACCGACCCCUGGAUGAGAAGGAAAGGAAUCGCUUUGCUUAUUUCUCUUCCCUCAACUCCAUGGCCAAGAAGAUCAUGCAGGAUAAGGAGCGGGUCCGCCAGCGCUAUGGCACUCAGUGGGAGAAGAUGCCGCCCAAAGAGCAGGACGAAGCCAUAGACAAGAGCAUGGUGGACCCGGAGGUGCAGAGGAGAUAUGUCCUGCACAGGGGAGCCGCCGACACACAGCCUGUCCCCUGCUACCCCGUCCUCAAAACCCAGAGCGGCCAGAAGGUGGUGCACUUCGGGGAGGAGGAUAUAACAUGGCAAGAUGAACACUCUGCACCAUUUUCUUGGGAAACUCGAAGUCAAAUGGAGUUCAGCGUCGCCUCUUUAUCUGGUCAAGAAUUAGCAACUGGUCUUGCUCAGACUGAAACGAAGCAAACCCCUAAACCUGUAAAUCAAACCAAUCAGAUUAAGACUCCUCUUGGCAAUCCCCAAGUUAAGAAUACCCCGGUUGCUAGAACACCCAACUAUGAUGGAUCAACUCCAAUGAGGAAAGAAGAGGAGUCAGCCUUUUGGAAAAUAAGCAUGGAGCGAUCUAGAAUUGAAGGUUCACAGUCAGAAUUUCAGUCUUUAACACCGAGUCAGAUAAAGUCCUUAGAAAAAGGUGAAAAGCCACUACCUGUAUAUUAUAGGCAAGAUUCCUUCCAGAAGGAAAAGGAAGUAUCCAAACCUGAGAAACCAACACCGUUGACUGAAAAGCCAGUUGUGAUUACCAAACAGCCGAAGACUACCAUUCCAAGUGUUGUCUCUUUGGAGAAUUCUAGGCCAAGCCAGUCUUCUGUCAGCACACUAGAUGAUGUCUUUCUGCCAGAGCCAGUUAAACCUGUAAUGGAAACCAGCAAGGGACCUGCAAAUGAUGAGACUGUUUCAACAGGACCUCAACUGUUUUCACAGAUUAACACUAGCAGUAUGCUCUUGAAGACUGGAUUUGAUUUCCUUGAUAAUUGGUAACACCAAAGGCUGCUAUCAAACCAAUCGGAAUCAUGUGCAAAUUGUUUCUUUGUAACCUGCAAAUUCUUGCCUUCCUAAACCGCUUUUUGUAAAACCGUAUGCAUUAUUUUAUAUCAUUUUGUGAAGUAUUUUGUUAGUUAAAAUUUUAUUGUAUUGUUUUGGCAAAGUCAAGCUCUUUUUAAAAGGUGCUUAAACUAUCGACCUUCUUAAAUGUAACUUUUUGAACAGUAAUUGAGAAAAAUAUUUUGUGGCAUUUUACUAUUGCCCUUAAAGGGAAGCUAAAACCAAAAUUGCCUGUUACUACUCAUUUUAAACUAGCUUGUAAUUUUGUUGGACUAAUCUACUUUAUGGGAGCCUAAAUUCAGCUUGGCGUUUUGGGUUAAUUAAUUGCAAAACUAAAAAUAUACGUUUUUUAAGCACCCUAUGUAAAAUAGUAUUUAUAUCCUAGAGUAUUUACUGAAUAGAAGAAGGGUUUGACAACAAGAAUUGAUAGGAAUGAAAAAAGUUCCUUCUGUGCUAGUGAUGUCAGGCUGAAGGAUAGAAUUGUAAAGAAUUUUUCUCAAGUAAACAGGGUUAAAGAAUCUCCAAUUAGCACAUGUGUGUGUGUGUAUAUAUUUAGUUCUGGUCCCCAUCAUUACAAUAAUGCUGAUAUAACUAUUUUUGAUACGUAGAUAUACUACUUUUCUGUCUUGAUUUCCAACAACACUAACCACCCAAAGCUGUUAAAUUAUAUAUGAUGACACCUUUUUACCAACAUAUCAGCCACUUAUGACAAAAUGAUCUUUCUGCUUAAAUUACAUUGCCAUUUUUAUUUUUUACAAAACAAAGGUUUUAGAGAUAUUGUAAAAGUUGACCACAAAAAAUAUAUUUUAAAGGCAAAAGGCAGUACAAAGAAAAUAAACUUUUAUUUCCAGUUUUAA